UGAACGCAAAUAAAAAGUGGCGCUUCAAGUGCGGCUGAUUCAGUGUGUUGACUAUUGUAGACCACAGUAGUUCGUCCGGUUACUAUUGCCCUAUCAGCAACGGCAACGGCCGAGUUUGUGAAUCCCGAAAACAACUUCAUCUGUGUUCAGACGUAGUGCUCCCAGCUCACGGAAGUAGCAAUGUCUCAGCAAAACAGCAGCGAUGGGUUUUUGAGCCAACCGAAGGGAUUCUCCACGAAGGCGAUACAUGUAGGUCAGGAUGCCGACCAGUGGACCAGCCGAGCGGUGGUGCCGCCAAUUAGCAUGAGCACCACUUUCAAGCAGUCAGGACCGGCUCAGCACUCGGGCUUCGAGUACGGACGCAGCGGUAACCCGACCCGAGACGUCCUGGAACGUUGCCUGGCCUCGCUCGACAAUGGUCGCUUUGGGCUGACCUUUGCAUCCGGACUGGGGGCCACCACGACGGUGAUCACGAUGCUGAAAAGCGGUGACCACAUUGUUGCCGGGGACGAUCUGUACGGUGGAACGAACCGGCUGCUGCGUAACGUCGCGCUGAAGAUGGGCAUCGAGAUUGACUUUGUCGAUCUGACCGACCUGCCAGCGGUCGAGAAGUCGAUCAAACCGAACACGAAGCUGUUCUGGAUGGAAACGCCGACCAAUCCGUUGCUGAAGGUGAUCGACAUCCGGGCCGUCACGGAUGUGGCUCACAAGCAACCGGGUAUCGUUGUGGUGGUGGACAACACUUUCCUGUCGUCGUACCUUCAGCGUCCGCUGGAUCUGGGAGCUGAUGUCGUCAUGUAUUCGCUGACCAAGUACAUGAACGGUCACUCGGAUGUCAUCAUGGGAGCGAUGGUAACGAAUGACGAACAGGUUUAUGAGAAAUUGAAAUUUUUGCAAAACGCCACCGGUAUCGUGCCAUCACCAUUCGAUUGCUAUCUCGUUAACCGUAGCCUGAAGACGUUAGCCUUGCGCAUGGAACGCCACAAAACGAACUCGCUGACGAUCGCCAAGUUCCUCGAGGCACACCCGAAGGUUGAGCGGGUGAUCCACCCGGGACUCGAGUCCCAUCCGCAGCACGAGCUGGCCAAGCGGCAAACGUACGGUCACAGUGGCAUCAUGUCGUUCUACAUUCGCGGUGGGCUGGACGAAGCUACCGCCUUCCUCAAGGCGCUCGACGUGUUUACGCUCGCGGAAAGUCUUGGCGGGUACGAAAGUUUGGCCGAGCUACCGUCCGUUAUGACGCAUGCCUCGGUUCCGCUGGAGCAACGCAUAACGCUCGGUAUCACGGAUGGACUUGUGCGGUUGUCCGUGGGCUUAGAGGAUGUGGACGAUCUAAUCGCUGACCUCAAGCAGGCACUGGAUAAGGCAUAAAACACAGGCAAGCAAAAAAAAAGGAAACCGAGGCAUUGCUUUUUCGGAUUAUCUCAAUGAUCUGUUCGUUGCAUUUAUCUGUAACCGGGAUGGAUUUAAAAAACAAAAACAAAAAUAAACCAUAAAUACAUUUUUUGAAACCUGCUCAAUUU